GCGCGAUUCUUGACUUUAAUCGGCCACCUCUGUGUGCUGAUCACGUUGCUAUGGGAGAACCAACGGAGCACAGAACUUUGUUUGCCGACCCAGUUCCACAGCCAAUACCUUCAGAUUUAUCGAAACAGGUUGGUAGCAGGAUUCGCGACGGGCGUAGCACUCGUUCUGUUUGAGUUGUUCACGUUCAUCUUGGGACUAACCAUGUUUGCAUCUAAUACAUCUCUCAUCUCGAUAUCGUGUCACGGGUUCGCGAUGAUCGCGCUCUCAUAUUUCGUUCUGGAGAGCUGGCUUUGCGACUGGUACUGGCCGUUAUUCGCAAUCUGCUCGGUGCUUCCAGCCGCAGUGGACAUCGGAGCGGCUGCCACAGCGUUACUAUGUCGUGCCUUGUGAUUCUACAUAUAAAAUAUUUUAGAUUUAAGAUUCAAAAUAUGGGUAGAUUUUUUUAAGAAGAUUGCAUUGAAAUUCACUUCCAACGAACACCAGCAGCUAACUCACUCUCACUAUUACAAAGGCUCAUGGUCGCUAUGGCUCAUCCUGGCUGGGGUGGCGACAACGCUCGGCUCUUCUCUACCGAUGGGCUUCCACAUCGGCGUGGUCAACACUCCUGCUGAGGUUAUAAAGAGCUUUUGCAGCGAAAGUUUGUUAAGUAGAUACGACGUGUCCUUGAACGAGCGGUGGCUGAACGUGUUAUGGUCGUGCAUAGUGUCUAUAUUCAUAAUUGGAGGAUGUACUGGUUCCGUGCUGGGCGCAGUGCUUGCCAACAAGCUUGGCAGGCGCAAGGCGACGAUAGUGACCAGCCAGUUAUCUCUAGUGGGUGCGCUUCUAUUCGUGUUCUGCCGCGCCGCCAAGUCCGUCGAGAUGCUCAUUUUGGGCCGUCUAAUAGUCGGGCUAGCCGGCGGUUUAACAACAAGCAUUGUCCCAAUGUAUCUAUCGGAGCUGGCUCCGCUGAGCCUGUCAGGCACCAUGGGAGUGGCCUGUCCCAUGGGCGUCAACGUGGGCGUGCUCGUGGGUCAAAUCAUGGGCCUCAAGUUCAUAUUGGGCGGUGACGACGACUGGCCCUACCUGUUAUCCGUCUAUGCAUUGCUAGUCAUUAUUUGUUUACCUCUACUGUUUAUGUUACCUGAAAGUCCGAAGUACCUAUUCGUAGUUAAGAGAAAUGAACAAACUGCUUUAAAAGAAUUAAGCCGCCUUCGCGGCGUCUCAGCGUCAAUCCUAACGGAAGACGUAGAAAAACUGCGUGAAGAGCUCCGCGCUGCGCAGGCGCAGGCUGUAAACUCGGAGCAGUGGACCAUGAUGAGGGUCCUACUGGACCCGCAGCUGCGCCUGCCACUGCUGCUUGUCUGCUCUAUGCAGGCCGGCCAGCAGACCAGCGGCAUUAACGCGGUGUUCUACUACUCGCAAACGAUCUUCAAGCAAGCGGGGCUUUCUGAACUGAGCUCGCAGUACGCGACGAUCGGUUGCGGCGCCGUGAACGUGUGCACUGCGCUGCUGAUGUUGCGGCUGCUGCCUCGCGUCGGCCGCAGGCCACUGCUGCUGUGCUCCGUGCUCGCCAGUGCGGUCAUACUGACGGCUCUCGCUGCUACUAUGAGCUACUUGCACGUGGCGGGCAUGUCGUGCGUGUGCAUGGCGGCCGUCUUGGGCUACGUGCUGGCCUACGGCUUCGGCCUUGGACCCAUACCUUACUUCAUCGCGUCCGAGAUCUUCGAAGUGGCGCCCCGACCUGCAGGCAUGGCGUGGGGGUCCCUCGCGAACUGGGGCGGCAAUUUUCUCAUUGGCAUGUGUUUCCCUUUGAUGCGCGACACUAUGGGGCCCUUCUCGUUCCUCGUCUUCGCGGGGAUUACUGCUUUGCUGUUCGUUUUUCAGAAGUUGUACUUCCCGGAGACGGCAGGAAAGACGCCAACAAAAGUAGCAGCACUGUGCAAUCGCGGCUUCCGUUCGCGCCCUACACGACUCUUCGAACCCGAAUUAUCGCGCGUCUGACCCUAUCUUACUCUCUGGUCUAGGUAUUCUAAAAUGUCUAGAUUCUGAGCUGUCUCUGUUGUCUGUCAGGAUCAAAGUAGCAUAGGUGAAUCAUAGGAACAUCGAAGCCUAGACACGCGGGGAAAAGUUUUAAAGUCCAUAAUACAUGUCGAAAACUGCUUACGACACAAGUUCAAUCGUACUUAAUAGAGUAACAUGUUACUUAGAUCUAGUAAAAGUAAUUUAAAUAAUCCGCGAACACAAAGUGAAUCUUAUAUGUCUUUUUUGAAGACGGAACAACAAAAAUGAAUAUAGUAGUUUGGUAUUGUUCUUUGGAAAUUCCCUGUAAUAUGGUACCACAACAGCAAAAACUCUUUUUUUGUCCUAGAAUUCACUGUACUGUGUUACCAGAGCGACGAAUUAUAGGAAAUUCUCUGUACUGUGAUACCAAAGCAACGACAACUGGAGAAUUCCUUGUACUGUGGCAUUAGAGGAAAUAAAUUAACUCCGGUUUUCCUGGUGUGCCCAGUUUUAGCAGGGUAGUUGUUUUCGGCUGUUUUAUCGAUGGUUUGUGAAAGCAGGUAAAAUUUCGACAAAAAUGUCUGGAUUGUGAACUUACAACAUUUUAUUUCCGUUCUUGCCCUCUUUAUUCUUAUUUUGACAGUCGGACUUCUAGGAUCGAAAUUAAUUUUGAUUCAUAUACAUUUUAAUAAGAACAGGCCGAUUUCAAUAUUUAUAUUGAAUUAUAACGAAAAAUUUUAAAAUAUGUUUUCUCUCAAGUAUUUUUAAUAGAUCUGACCGUCGUCGCUCGGUUUUUAUAAAGUGACAUUAGUAGUCGAGACAUAUAUAAAGAUAAGCAUCGAGUAUGUAACCAGAUAUAUGGACGAAAUGUCACUUAAUUUGUUUGAAAACUAUUCUGCCAAAUUAUUACGGUGACAACUGCGCUCCGAUGCCAGCCCGAACUCGAAACAAUUGACUGAUGUCGUCAAUUAUUUUACUUCAAAUCGACCAGUUUAACUGAAGCUUUGCUAUAAUGGACGAAAAAUUACGUAAUUUAAUGUUUAAUUACCGAUGAAAUGUGAUUCCGUUUGUUUUGUAAUUAGAUG